AUGUUCAACAAGUGGCAAGCGCAGAGUUGGUGGGGCGAGAACUACGACAGGAUCAUGGAGCUUUACAAUGUGCAGAGAUUCAACAACCGCCAGUCUCUCAACACUCCUCCAAGGUCUCAAGAUGAGCAUAGAGAUUCUACUUAUUCGAGAUUAGGCUCUGCAAGGGAAAGCCCCAUGGCGCCAAGGAACUACUACAGGCCAUCUCCUGGGAUGAUGGAACAGGGCAGCAGCCACCAUUACCCUCCCGGUUACGGUCUGGGAGGCGGCCCGAGAGGCGAGGCUUCCUCGAUGGAAGCCUCGAGAACCACAACCUCUUCGCAAGACGAGCCGUCCAUCUCGGUGAGCAAUGCCAGCGAUUUGGAGGCGGAGUGGGUCGAGCAAGACGAGCCUGGAGUGUACAUUACCAUCAGACAACUCGCGGAUGGUACCAGGGAGCUCCGGCGGGUUCGGUUCAGUCGAGAAAGAUUUGGGGAAGUGCAUGCUAAGUCAUGGUGGGAGGAGAACAGGGAUAGAAUACAAUCUCAAUACCUGUAGAGAGAGAGAGAGAGAGAGAGAGAGAGGGUUUGGAACAGAGUAAAGGUAAAAACUUUUUAACAGCAUCUCAAAGGAAGUGGAGGGUUGCAGAUUGGAUAUCCUCCAGGGAAAGAUAUGAUAUGAGUUGAGUGUUCUUUCUUUCUUCCAAGUUGUGUUCACACAGUUCACUGGACAUGUGCUUAGAAAAGAAAUUACGGCAAUUGGGAAGAACAUUGGCUGAAAGAGUAAAAGUGCAGCGUUACUGGAUGCCCGAUUUUUUGCCUGGAAUGUGAGUGUAACCAUUGUAAUUCUUUCUACGUCACUGCGAUCUUUAGGGGGGGAUAAUUUGUUCUUUCAUCAAUAGAAACUUUAUAUAGCUCAAAAGGAAAUGGAAUGGGGGAUGUAUAUUAUUAUUUGGUGAGGUUGACACAAUGCACCAUUGUCGAUGAAAGUAUUAUUCGUAUCAAAG